GCGGGAGGAGCAGCAGCAACUCUCGACCGUCCGUUGAAGAUGACUUUGAGUAUUUUCAAACCCUCACCACUAUGCUCUUUACGAACCUCUCCCACUUUCCAAAUCAAUUUUAAUUCCGAUUCUCCCGCCAAACCUCUGAGGUCAUCUUCCCCAACUGUCAAAUAUGGCGCCAGACUCCUUCACGCCUGUGCUCUCCCCAGCCCCGACGAUCAAUCAGGUACAGGGAAAAAUCAAUUCUGUGUUUCCAAUAGGAGGAAAGUGCUAUUAGGAUCCACACUGCCAUUUCUUAUUCCUUUGGAGCGGUUUGGAGUUCAGGCGGCUGAGUCGGGUACAGCAACAUAUUCAUUGAUAAAGGAAGAGGUAAGGAAGCUAUUGACCAAAAGCAAGGCUGCUGGUGUGCUUCGGCUUGUUUUUCAUGAUGCGGGCACCUUUGAAAUGGAUGAGAAUUCAGGGGGUAUGAAUGGUUCUAUACUCUACGAACUUGAUAGACCUGAAAAUUCAGGUUUGAAGAAAUCUAUAAAGAUUCUAAACAAAGCAAAGACUGAAGUAGAUGCAGUACAACCAGGCUCUCCCAUUAUUAGUGUCCUGGGCAGACGUGAUUGCUGUGGCUGGAGCUGAAGCUGUGUUAGUUUGUGGUGGACCAACAAUCCCAGUUCUUAUAGGCAGAUUAGAUUCGAUGUAAGAAGAGAGGUUUUUGCAUCACAUAUUGACAUGGCACUUGAUUUCAACUGCGUUGGCCAUCUGAAUAGAUUUUUUCAAAUUAAUUCCCUUGUUUGUACUUUCCAAUG